AUGGAUGACUCAGAUCGAAUUGAAACAACUGGGACCGCCAAGGUCAGGCCACUGCUCGACGAAUCGAACGAGAAACUUCCUGGGGUCAAGCAUGAAGAUGUCACGACCAUCGACUCAGCUCUCAGUGGUGACCUUAUCUCACUUCCUCCUGCGGGUAAUCCCAUCCAAAAGGUUUACCCCACUGAUGAAGAUCUGCGUUCCCUUCGCCGUAUCCCAGGAUCUAUCUCGUGGGUCACUUACAGCAUCGCCUUUGUGGAACUAUGCGAGCGAUUCUCUUACUAUGGAACAACGGCAGUUUUUGUGAACUUCAUUCAACGGCCUCUUCCACAACACUCCACCACAGGCGCGCUUGUCGCCGGUACAGACUUCAACAAACAUGUGCCCGGGGCGUUGGGCAUGGGCCAACGUGCAUCAACUGCACUAACUCUCUUCAAUCAGUUUUGGUCGUUUAUGAUGCCUUUGGUCGGUGCUUUUAUUGCUGAUCAGUACUGGGGCCGAUACCGAACCAUUGUUUCUUCUCUCGCCCUAACGUUUUUGGGUCAUGCAAUAUUGGUCGUGUCUGCCAUUCCCCAGGUUAUUGAAAACAGCCAUGGUGCGAUUGCGUGUUUUUCAAUCGGUAUUAUCAUCAUGGGACUAGGAACUGGUGGAUAUAAAUCCAACAUAAGCCCUUUAAUUGCAGAGCAAUACCGCGACGACAAAGCCUAUAUUCGAGUCCUUCCCAGCGGGGAACGUGUCAUUGUCGAUCCAACUACCACGGUCGCUCGGAUCUUUAACUACUUCUACCUGAUGAUCAACGUUGGCUCCCUUGUUGGUCAAAUUGCCAUGGUCUAUGCGGAGCGCUAUGUUGGUUUCUGGCUAUCAUUUUUGCUACCAACUCUCAUGUUUUGCUUGUGCCCAGCAGUACUUUUCUAUGCCAAAAAUCGCUACUACCAUGCUCCACCCAGUGGCUCCGUCUACCCACAAGCAUUUCGUCUAUGGCGCUUGAAGAUGAAAGGCCGGUGGUCGCUCAAUCCAAUGAAGCUGUUGAAAAAGAAAAACACCACGGAGAACUCCUGGGACCGUGUCAAGCCCAGUAGUCUUGGUUCGGAAAAGCCCCCAUGGAUGAACUUCGAUGACGCAUGGGUGGACGAGGUUCGGCGUGGAUUCAAAGCCUGCGGAGUUUUUGUCUGGCUGCCACUUUACUGGCUGGCAUACAAUCAAGAGAUGAACAAUCUUACAUCUCAAGCGGCGACAAUGUCCUUGGGGGGUGUGCCUAACGAUAUCAUCAACAACCUGAACCCCAUUACCCUGAUCGUCUUCAUUCCAAUCAUGGAUCUACUUGUCUAUCCAGCCCUUCGCCGCCGAGGAAUUAAAUUCACAGCAUUGAAGCGCAUCACAACUGGGUUUUUCCUAGCAGGUUGCUCCAUGAUUGCUGCAGCGGUGACUCAGCACUACGUCUACAAGGACGGACCAUGUGGCAAAAAUGCCAACUACUGCCUGGAAAAAGAAGGAAAACAUACAAACAUUUCAGUAUGGGUCCAAGCCGUCCCCUAUGUUUUGGGAGGUAUCUCAGAGAUCUUCACCUCGAUCACGGUUCUUGAAUAUGCAUUCACAAAGGCCCCGCGCAAUAUGAGGUCGCUUGUUUCUGCAAUGGGCUGUGUCGUGAGUGCCGUGUCGGCCGCCUUGGGUCAGGCUUUCGUGGCUCUGGCUGAUGAUCCUUUGCUGGAGUGGAACUAUGGCGUUACGGCAAUUUUAGCUUUUGUUGGAUGCGUGGGCUUCUGGUUUACCCACCGUCAGCUUGAUCGCGAAGAAGACGAACUUAACAUGCUGCCUGAGGGUCACGUUCUGGGUGCUGCAGAGCACGAUGUGGAGGAAGCUAAGCAGAAUGAGCACGUUGAAGGGACGGGCCACUAG